UGACAGUAACGGUUUCUUUGCUGUUUUUCUUUCUGGUGACACUUUCUUCCGCAGAGAAAUCUGGUGUAUUUUGUCUAUUCAGCCUACCAGACUCUAGACGAGCAAUAUAAUAAGGCAGCAUAGCCAGAAUUCAAGCUAUACAAAUCUCCGAAGUGAGGCGACGAACAACAAAAGAACACAAACCACAGACUAUUCAAGACAUUCAAGACUCUCUGAGACCAAAAGAACUCAGCAUUAAAAGCUUUCAGUGCUAUCAGAAUUUUUCAUACCUGAAUCAACAAAUCUAAGAUCUGUUUUUUUCCGUCUAUUCUUCGUCCUUGAACAUCACUAGACUACCAUAACAACACACUGUUCACUACAUUCUGCUCCAAGAUAAUCCUGAUAUAACUAACCAAUAGGUGAAUUACUAUCAUGACUAGUCGUGCCACUCAGAUCAGCACGUCGUCUAGCGUGUAUUCGCCUGUAGAAUCAGAGUAUGCAUUCAAGAACAACCAGACCUAUGCUCCGAUCGAAGAAGAAUACGAAGAAAACGGCAACGACCACAAUAGUAACGAAAAUGUACCCAACACCAGCUACGCUGAAGAAAACGGCUUUGACAUAGACCAGCCCAUAAUCAGACGCAACGGCAAUAUGGCCACGGACUUCUCGUCCCAGACAUUCCAGACAUUCCACACAGCUCAGGGAAACUACUCUGACUCCGAUUUGGAGUUGGAUAGGGAACCAAGUCUCAGUCGUGAACCUAGCUUUACUUCUAUCAACGAGUCAAUAAUGCAUAGUAAUGUAAACGACAGCAGUCUUGUUCAGCCUGAGCUUCCUGGUUCGUACGACAACGAUGAAACACCUAAGUUGGACAGCGCAGCGCGAAUGCCGUCCGACGGUUUGGACGAUAAAACUCCCAUCUUGGGCAACACCAUGACACGAAGCCAGUUAACUCCUCUUCUUCCACAGCAGGAGCUUAGUACAAAAUUCCAGCGUCUUUCUGUAACCCUUCAGCUGAAAACCCCGUCCGGUGACUCAUACGACUUCAUGAACUCUUUCCAACAGAACGUCCAGCAGGCCAACAACGAUGCUGACUCCAACAGAUGGUCCAAGACGAGAACCAGCUUGUACUACAAGAAGAUACACGAGGCACAACCCAAAGACGAUAAUGCUUCCGUAGACAGCACGAUCAGUAACCGAUCCAGCAUUAUCAGUCAGAGCAGCGAGUUCCCACAAGACACCACUAGAAUGACUGCUGGUGGAGCAGAUGUAGACGACAAGAAGUUUCUCAGCCAGACGUCAAGUGGCAACAGCUCGACCAGCUUCAACUUCGACGUUAGCAGUAGCCAGAUUCCUUCUUCUUAUGCUAUCGAUAAGAACUUGCGGGUGUCGAGAGUGUCGCCCACGAAGGUAUUGAAGAAAUCUGCUGUGGAAGACAUUCCCAUCAGGAAGGAUCUUGUCCAGCGUUUCGAACGGAUGUCGUCUAAUAUGGACAUGUCAGAUCAGGAACGGAACGAUCUCUAUAUUGCCAACUCUUGGUCAGGCUCAAAAAUGGACUUGUCAAACAGAUACAACGACUCAAAUCCAACAGAGUCGAUGCUUGAUCCCAAGAAUGGACUUGUGGAAUCUACCCAGCUUGAUCUGACCCACGACAUUCUUCAACUCAAGGAAGAGUCUAGACCCCUGACGAUGUCCCAGGGACCUUCUUUCUUCGAAGAUGACGAAGACUUGUCCGCCUUGUUCAUCAGAGCUAUGCAUCCAUUUGAUUCUUCAACAUUGCAAUCUGAAUCAGAUGUUUCAAUCUGUUUGUCGUUUGAUAAAGACGAAAUUGCAUUUGUCCACACCAUCGACGAUUCUGGCUGGGGGGAAGUCACGUUGGUAGAUAGCUUGCUGAGAGGCUGGAUUCCCAUGAACUACUUCACUAUAUCCAUUUCGGAAGACGACGACUUGAUCGAAGAAGAGGGCAGCGACUCUCGUAUUCCAAAUAGCAAGUACUUGAAGCCACUCUUCCAUGCCUGUGGGAAAUUCCUCAUGAAUCCAUUGAGUCACAAGAACCGUCGUGGAAAAUAUACUUUCUCUAUCAGAGUGAUCAACUCCAUCAGAGAUGGUGUGCGCUUGCUCUUGCAGCAGACCGAUUGUUUAUCUAGAUCGAACGAAAUCGUCACCAAGAGACCCGUAGUAAGAAAAGCACGUAAAUCCUUGCUUGCUGAUUGGUACAAUCUCAUGGUGAAAGCCAACGAGUUCAAAGGUACUUCCAACUUCAACAAGAUCGAAAUAUUGACCUUGAUGAUCUACCAGGUGACCAGAAAGGCGUGCAAGUUCUUGCAGGUAUGGUCAGUAGAAAGUAAGCAAAUCAUCAAGAGAGAGAACGAGAAAAGGCUCCAAGAAGAUAUGAGUGCCUAUCCUUUGUUGAAUGCUCCUCCUUUGGCCAAGUACAGAGUUACAGAAAUCAAUAGUAUCUUGUACUCGUACUUAGGGAUAAUCAUCGGUAGAUUGGACUUAAUCGAACACAACUCUGUUGGAUGUAGUCUUUUGGAAACUAUUGCUCAUCAGAUUAUCUUAUUGUUAAGGGAAUUACUCUUUAUUUCCAAGACUGGUUCAGAUUUCUCAUCUGAGAAGCCGGCAGAUUUGGACAGUUCGUUGGACUCAUUAUUAUCUUUAGUGAGUGAUUUAGUGUCUAGCGUGAAAAACUUGGUCGUCAAGACUUUGAACGAGACCGAAGCGGACAGAAAGAGUGCAUUCAACCCACGUAGUGCAGCUGGAAAUGACUACUACUACACUCAAGAAGGUGGUGAUUUGAUUCAAAUUGGUUCCAAGAUGGUUAGAGCAAUUAGUACUACCGUUGCUUCCAUCAGAAAGUUGUUGGAAGUUACUGGAGACUUCAGGUUGAAUGCUGAAAGAUCUUAUCCUGACUAUUCCAAGAUGAGAAUUGAGCCUGAAGAGUUCAUAAGAAAGUGCUCAAUAGGUAUCACAAGACCUUUGGCGUUCGAUAAGAAUACUUUGAGAGUCGACAAGUCUAGAGCUCGAUCCAACAGAUACUCUAUGAUCAGAUCUGGAAAGACCGGUGAAUUAGGAUUGACUUCUAGUGGUGCAAACUUGUUAUACGAUGCCAUGAAUAGUGAUAGCGAUGGCUCAUUCUCCUUAUCUGAUUCAGCAUUUGAACCGUUUACUCACACGGAAGGUGAGUCUAGCAUCAGUGAUGAAUUGUUGGUAGACUCUAAUGGUAACUUACUUGGUGCUUCUUUCAAGGGUUUGGUUCACACCUUGACAAAUGAAAUAACCCCACCAGAAUACUUUUUUGUUUCUACUUUCUUUAUUUGUUUCAGAAGCUUUGCUAAUGGUAUCGAUUUGUUGGAGGAGUUGAUCACGCGAUUUGAUAUUGAAAACAAGUCAAUCAAGGAUCAAACCAAGGCUGAUGUCACUGCAGAACUUAAACUCAAGAAGAGAAGAAGAUUAAUUGUCAAGAUGUUCCAGUUGUGGAUGGAAUCUUACUGGAACCAGGAAUUAGACUACAGCUUGUUGACCACUUUAAUUAACUUUUUCAAUGAGGGUAUUUCCAUUUACUUGCCUUUGGAUGCUAUGAAACUUAUUGAAAUUGGUGCAAAACUUUCAACAAGACCAUUGAUCGAGAAUAAGGUUGCUAAGAAAUCUGUAUCAAGCAUGCAAUUGGUGGAAAGAAGUAUUACCAUUACUAGAAUUAAGAGAAAGAAUCUUGUUUCCAGUGCAGACAACACUAUUAACAACAGGUACUCUAUGGUUGAUGGUUACGAACUUUCAAAAAUCAAUACCAAUUCUUCAACAGCAAGUUCAUUGAAAUCAAUUUCAUUACCAAUGCCAUUAGGAGUUGGAAACCAAACUUCCUCAUCCAAUUCGUUGUUGAGCAAGAACCAGAUUUCCACUAUUGAAAAGGUAAAUUUAACUUACAGAGCCAUCUUGGGUAGUAGCUGGUGUGCUCAAAAGUACAUAAGCGAUAAGGAGUACAUUCCCUUGAGCUUGAACACAAUUCUUCCAAAUUGGUUCAGCAUUUUUGACCAAAGCUGGGUAUUGUCAAACUACAGGCCCAAUCUUUUGGAUUUCAAUGGGUUGGAAUUAGCCAAACAAUUAACAAUUAUUGAGUCUCACAUUUUCUGCGCCAUCAAGCCUGACGAACUUUUGAAUGAUAAUUACUCUACAAAGAGAGCCCACUUGAAGUUGGCACCAAAUGUGAGACAAUCCUUGCUUUUCACUAACUGCUUAUCGGAAUAUGUACUUGAAUCCAUUUUGCAACCGAAGAUCAACCAGAAACUCAGAGUUAACAUAGUGAAGACUUGGUUGAAGGUGGCUAUUUCUUGUUUGUACUUGAGAAACUUCAACUCGUUGGCAGCCAUUGUGACUGCUUUGCAAUCUCACUUAAUCACCAGAUUAUCCAAAGUGUGGAGCGAUCUCUCCGAGAAGUACACCGAAUUGUACGACUACUUAUCAACCAUUGUCCGUCCAGAAAAGAACUACAAUAUCUACAGACCAAAAUUGAGGAACUUCUUGGUAUCCAACGAUUAUAAUAUUCCAAUUGUUCCUUACUUUUCGUUGUUCUUACAGGAUCUUACGUUUGUCAGCGAUGGUAAUUCCAACCAUAGAAUGGCCAACACUUUCUUGAAUCAAAAGUUGAUUAAUAUUGACAAAUAUUUGAAGAUUUCCAGGAUUAUUGCUGACAUUGAAAGUCUACAGACCCCAUAUGUAGACUACAAGAGUGGCCAUAGAGACGACAGGAGACACAGUUUGGCAUUCUUGAAUAAUCAAAGAGUCAGUGAUGUUGAGGACUACAGUAUUAUUCCUGUUCCAGCAUUGCAAGAACUUAUUUUAUUGGAGUUAUGGAAGGUCAACCAAUUGAACAAGACCGAAGAAGACAGAGCCUGGAAAUUGAGUUGUUUGAUACAACCCAGAGAGGCAGUAUAA